AUGUGCCAGCCACCCAGGAGCAGGAGGCCACCUACCACCAUGAGCAGCACCCUGUCACCCACAGACUUCGACAGCUUGGAGAUCCAGGGCCAGUACAGCGACAUCAACAACCGCUGGGACCUGCCUGACUCGGACUGGGACAAUGACAGCAGCUCAGCCCGCCUCUUUGAGAGGUCUCGCAUUAAGGCCCUGGCAGAUGAGCGAGAAGCUGUGCAGAAGAAAACCUUCACCAAGUGGGUGAACUCACACCUGGCCCGGGUGACAUGCCGGGUGGGAGACCUGUACAGCGACCUCCGGGAUGGACGUAACCUCCUGAGGCUCCUCGAGGUGCUCUCAGGAGAGACACUGCCAAAGCCGACAAAAGGCCGCAUGCGGAUCCACUGCCUGGAGAACGUGGACAAGGCGCUACAGUUCCUGAAGGAGCAGAAAGUGCACUUGGAAAAUAUGGGCUCCCAUGACAUUGUGGACGGAAACCACCGUCUGACCCUUGGGCUGGUCUGGACCAUCAUCCUUCGAUUCCAGAUCCAGGACAUCAGUGUGGAAACAGAAGACAACAAGGAGAAGAAGUCAGCCAAGGAUGCCCUACUGCUGUGGUGCCAGAUGAAGACCGCGGGGUAUCCCAAUGUCAACGUGCACAACUUCACCACCAGCUGGAGAGAUGGUCUGGCCUUCAACGCCAUUGUGCAUAAACACCGGCCGGAUCUGCUGGAUUUUGAGUCACUGAAGAAGUGCAAUGCACACUACAAUCUGCAAAACGCUUUCAAUCUGGCCGAGAAGGAGCUGGGGCUCACGAAACUGCUGGAUCCUGAAGAUGUGAAUGUGGACCAGCCAGAUGAGAAAUCAAUCAUUACUUACGUGGCUACUUACUACCACUACUUCUCCAAGAUGAAGGCCCUGGCUGUGGAAGGCAAAAGGAUUGGCAAGGUGCUGGACCAUGCCAUGGAGGCAGAGCGUCUGGUAGAGAAGUACGAGUCCCUGGCCUCAGAACUGCUGCAGUGGAUUGAGCAAACAAUUGUGACCCUCAACGACCGGCAGCUGGCCAACUCCCUGAGCGGGGUCCAGAACCAGCUACAGUCCUUCAAUUCCUACCGCACGGUGGAGAAGCCACCCAAGUUCACCGAGAAGGGGAACUUGGAAGUUCUGCUCUUCACCAUCCAGAGCAAGCUGCGGGCCAACAAUCAGAAGGUCUAUACGCCCCGCGAGGGCCGGCUCAUCUCUGACAUCAACAAGGCUUGGGAGCGGCUGGAGAAAGCUGAGCAUGAGCGUGAGCUGGCCCUGCGCACCGAGCUGAUCCGCCAGGAGAAGCUGGAGCAGCUGGCCGCCCGCUUCGACCGCAAGGCCGCCAUGCGGGAGACCUGGCUUAGUGAGAACCAGCGCCUUGUGUCCCAGGACAACUUUGGGCUGGAGCUGGCGGCCGUCGAGGCAGCAGUGCGGAAACACGAGGCCAUUGAGACAGACAUCGUGGCCUACAGUGGUCGGGUGCAGGCUGUGGAUGCCGUAGCCGCAGAGCUGGCCGCCGAGCGCUACCACGACAUCAAGCGCAUUGCCGCACGGCAGCACAACGUGGCACGGCUCUGGGACUUCCUGCGGCAGAUGGUGGCAGCCCGGCGGGAGCGGCUCCUCCUCAACCUGGAGCUGCAGAAGGUGUUUCAGGACCUGCUCUACCUCAUGGACUGGAUGGAAGAGAUGAAGUACAAGCCGUGUGACCCACAGCUGGUGUCAGAGCGGGUGGCCUCCCUGGAGCAGAGCUACGAGGCGCUGUGCGAGUUAGCAGCGGCCCGGCGGGCCCGCCUGGAGGAGUCCCGACGCCUCUGGCGCUUCCUCUGGGAGGUGGGUGAGGCCGAGGCUUGGGUUCGGGAGCAGCAGCACCUGCUGGCCUCAGCAGAAACUGGCCGGGACCUGACCGGCGUCCUCCGCCUGCUCAACAAACACACAGCCCUGCGAGGCGAGAUGAGCGGCCGGCUAGGGCCCUUGAAGCUUACGCUGGAGCAGGGCCAGCAAUUAGUUGCGGAGGGCCAUCCCGGGGCGGGCCAGGCCGCCGCCCGCACAGCCGAGCUGCAAGCACAGUGGGAGCGGCUGGAGGCCCUGGCAGAGGAGCGUGCUCAGCGGCUUGCCCAGGCCGCCAGCCUCUACCAGUUCCAGGCAGACGCAAACGACAUGGAGGCCUGGCUGGUGGACGCGCUGCGCCUGGUGUCCAGCCCCGAGCUGGGGCACGACGAGUUCUCCACGCAGGCCCUGGCCCGACAGCAUCGGGCCCUGGAGGAGGAGAUCCGGAGCCACCGGCCAGCCCUGGAUGCCCUGAGGGAACAGGCCGCAGCCCUGCCUCCUGCACUGAGCCGCACGCCCGAGGUGCAGGGCAGGGUGCCCACGCUGGAGCGGCACUACGAGGAGCUGCAGGCCCGGGCAGGCGAACGGGCGCGGGCCCUGGAGGCAGCCCUGGCGCUCUACACCAUGCUCAGCGAGGCCGGGGCCUGUGGGCUGUGGGUGGAGGAGAAGGAGCAGUGGCUCAAUGGGCUGGCCCUGCCCGAGCGCCUGGAGGACCUGGAGGUUGUGCAGCAAAGGUUCGAGACCCUGGAGCCUGAAAUGAACGCCCUUGCAGCACGGAUUACUGCUGUGAAUGACAUUGCGGAGCAGUUGCUGAAGGCCAAACCCCCGGGCAAGGACAGUAUCAUCAAUACCCAGAAGCAGCUCAACCACAGGUGGCAGCAGUUUAGGACCCUGGCAGACGGCAAGAAGGCAGCCCUGACAUCGGCCCUGAGCAUCCAGAACUACCACUUAGAGUGCACAGAGACCCAGGCCUGGAUGAGAGAAAAGACCAAAGUCAUUGAGUCCACCCAGGGCCUGGGCAAUGACCUGGCCGGGGUGCUGGCACUGCAGCGGAAGCUGGCCGGCACCGAGCGGGACCUGGAGGCCAUCGCCGCUCGGGUGGGCGAACUGACUCGAGAGGCAAAUGCCCUGGCUGCUGGCCACCCUGCCCAAGCCCCUGCCAUCAAUGCCCGGCUUGGAGAGGUGCAAGCUGGCUGGGAAGACCUAAGGGCCACCAUGCGACGGCGAGAAGAAUCACUGGGUGAGGCGCGGCGGCUGCAGGACUUCCUGCGCAGCUUAGAUGACUUCCAGGCUUGGCUCGGUCGCACGCAGACCUCUGUGGCCUCUGAAGAAGGGCCGGCUACCCUGCCUGAGGCAGAGGCCCUCCUGGCCCAACACGCAGCCCUGCGGGGAGAGGUGGAGCGGGCCCGGGGCGAGUACAGCCGGCUCCGGGCCCUGGGUGAGGAGGUGACCCGGGACCAGGCUGAUCCGCAGUGCCUCUUCCUACGGCAGCGACUCGAAGCCCUGGGAACCGGCUGGGAGGAGCUGGGCCGCAUGUGGGAGAGCCGGCAAGGCCGUCUGGCCCAGGCCCAUGGCUUCCAAGGCUUCCUGCGGGAUGCUCGCCAGGCGGAAGGUGUGCUCAGCAGCCAGGAAUACGUUUUGUCCCACACGGAGAUGCCGGGGACACUCCAAGCUGCUGACGCCACCAUAAAAAAACUGGAAGACUUCAUGAGCACCAUGGAUGCCAACGGAGAGCGGAUCCGCGGGCUACUGGAGGCUGGGCGCCAGCUGGUGUCUGAAGGCAACAUCCAUGCCGAGAAGAUCCAGGAGAAGGCUGACUCCAUCGAGAGGAGACACAAGAAGAAUCAAGAAGCCGUGCAGCAGCUCUUGGGCCGUCUUCGGGACAACCGAGAGCAGCAGCAUUUCCUACAAGACUGUCACGAGCUGAAGCUCUGGAUUGAUGAGAAGAUGCUGACAGCCCAGGACGUGUCCUACGAUGAGGCCCGCAACCUGCACACCAAGUGGCAGAAGCACCAGGCGUUCAUGGCUGAGCUGGCCGCCAACAAAGACUGGCUGGACAAGGUAGACAAGGAAGGGCAGGAGCUGACCCUUGAGAAGCCAGAGCUGAAGGCCCUGGUGUCUGAGAAGCUGGAGGACCUGCACCAGCGCUGGGACAGGCUGGAGAGCACCACCCAGGCCAAGGCCCGUAGCCUCUUCGAUGCCAACCGAGCCGAGCUGUUUGCCCAGAGCUGCUCCGCCCUGGAGAGCUGGCUGGAGAGUCUGCAGGCCCAGCUGCACUCUGACGACUACGGCAAGGACCUCACCAGUGUCAACAUUCUGCUCAAGAAGCAACAGAUGCUGGAACGGGAGAUGGCAGUGCGAGAGAAGGAGGUGGAGGCCAUCCAGGCCCAGGCGACAGCGCUGGCCCAGGAGGACCAGGGCGCAGGAGAGGUGGAGAGGACGUCGAGAGCUGUGGAGGAGAAGUUCCGGGCCCUGUGCCAGCCCAUGAAGGAGCGCUGCCGGCGCCUGCACGCCUCCCGUGAGCAGCACCAGUUCCACCGGGACGUGGAGGAUGAGAUUUUGUGGGUGACAGAGCGGCUACCCAUGGCUAGCUCCAUGGAACAUGGCAAGGACCUGCCCAGUGUCCAGCUUCUCAUGAAGAAAAACCAGACCCUGCAGAAGGAGAUACAGGGCCACGAGCCGCGGAUCGCGGACCUGACGGAGCGGCAGCGUACUCUGGGAGCAGCAGCGGCAGGCCCAGAGCUGGCUGAGCUGCAGGAGAUGUGGAAACGCCUGAGCCACGAGCUGGAGCUUCGAGGCAAGCGACUGGAGGAGGCCCUGCGGGCCCAGCAGUUCUACCGCGAUGCCGCCGAGGCGGAGGCCUGGAUGGGCGAGCAGGAGUUACACAUGAUGGGCCAGGAGAAAGCCAAGGACGAGCUCAGCGCCCAGGCAGAGGUGAAGAAGCAUCAGGUCCUGGAACAAGCCCUGGCUGACUAUGCUCAGACCAUCCAUCAGCUGGCAGCCAGCAGCCAAGACAUGAUUGACCACAACCACCCAGAGAGCACGCGAAUAUCCAUCCGCCAAGCGCAGGUGGACAAGCUGUACGCCAGCCUGAAGGAGCUGGCGGGAGAGCGGCGGGAGCGCCUGCAGGAGCACCUGCGGCUGUGCCAGCUCCGCCGUGAGCUGGACGACCUGGAGCAGUGGAUCCAGGAGCGCGAGGUGGUGGCAGCCUCCCACGAGCUGGGCCAGGACUACGAGCACGUGACUAUGCUCCGAGACAAAUUCCGAGAGUUUUCCCGGGACACGAGUACCAUCGGUCAGGAGCGUGUGGACAGCGCCAAUGCACUGGCCAACGGGCUCAUCGCUGGGGGCCAUGCCGCCCGGGCCACUGUGGCCGAGUGGAAGGACAGCCUCAAUGAGGCCUGGGCGGACCUGCUCGAGCUGCUGGACACGCGGGGUCAGGUGCUGGCAGCGGCGCACGAGCUGCAGCGCUUCCUGCACGGGGCGCGCCAAGCACUGGCGCGCGUGCAGCACAAGCAGCAGCAGCUUCCCGACGGGACCGGCCGGGACCUCAACGCAGCCGAGGCCCUGCAACGCCGCCACUGCGCCUUUGAACAUGACAUCCAGGCCCUCAGCGCCCAGGUCCAGCAGGUGCAGGAUGAUGGCCAUCGGCUCCAGAAGGCCUAUGCUGGAGACAAGGCUGAGGAGAUCGGCCGCCACAUGCAGGCGGUGGCUGAGGCCUGGACCCAGCUUCAGGGAAGCUCUGCCGCCCGCCGCCAGCUGCUCCUGGACACCACGGACAAGUUCCGCUUCUUCAAGGCCGUCCGGGAGCUGAUGCUGUGGAUGGAUGGGGUGAACCUGCAGAUGGAUGCCCAGGAGCGGCCCCGGGAUGUGUCCUCCGCAGAUCUGGUCAUCAAGAACCACCAGGGCAUCAAGGCAGAGAUAGAGGCCAGGGCCGACCGCUUCUCCUCUUGCAUCGACAUGGGGCAGGGGCUGCUUGCCAGGAGCCACUACGCAGCUGAGGAGAUCUCGGAGAAGCUGUCUCAGCUGCAGGCACGGCGCCAGGAGACAGCAGACAAGUGGCAGGAGAAAAUGGACUGGCUCCAGCUUGUUUUGGAGGUGCUCGUAUUUGGGAGAGAUGCGGGUAUGGCGGAGGCCUGGCUGUGCAGCCAAGAGCCGUUGGUGAGAAGCGCUGAGCUGGGCUGCACAGUCGAUGAAGUCGAGAGCCUCAUCAAGCGUCAUGAGGCCUUCCAGAAGUCCGCAGUGGCCUGGGAGGAACGUUUCAGUGCACUGGAGAAACUCACCGCGCUGGAGGAGCAGGAGAAGGAACGGAAAAGAAAGAGGGAGGAGGAGGAACGGAGGAAACAGCCCCCUGCCCCAGAGCCCAUAGCCGGUCUGUCUGAAGGGGACCUGGUGGACAGCCAAACAGCUCCCGAUGCCACCCGGGAUGGAACCCGCCCCCGGCCGCCAGCAUCUGCACAGCAGGCCAGCGUCAACGGAGUCUGCACAGAUACAGAGUCCCCUCAGCCCCUGUUGGAACAACAGAGACUGGAGCAAGGCAGCUUCCCAGAAGGACCUGGGUCUGGCACAGGGGACGAGGCCAACGGGCCACGGGGGGAGAAGCAGACCCGGACGCGAGGCCCAGCCCCUCCCGUAAUGCCCCAGAGCAGGUCAUCGGAGCCAGCCCGGGUUGCCACCUUGCCCCCUCGAGGCCCAGAGCUCUCUGCCCAGGAGCAGAUGGAAGGGAUGCUAUGCCGCAAACAGGAGAUGGAGGCCUUUGGCAAGAAGGCUGCCAACAGGUCAUGGCAAAACGUGUACUGCGUCCUGCGGCGUGGGAGCCUUGGCUUUUAUAAGGACGCAAAGGCAGCCAGCACAGGAGUGCCAUACCACGGAGAAGUGCCUGUCAGCCUGGCCAGGGCCCAGGGCAGCGUCGCCUUUGAUUAUCGAAAGCGCAAACACGUCUUCAAGUUGGGCUUGCAGGAUGGAAAAGAAUAUUUAUUCCAGGCCAAGGAUGAGGCAGAGAUGAGCUCAUGGCUGCGGGUGGUAAAUGCAGCCAUUGCGACUGCGUCCUCUGCCUCUGGAGAGCCUGAAGAGCCAGCGGUGCCCAGUGCCGCCCGGGGCAUGACUCGGGCCAUGACCAUGCCCCCGGUAUCACCGGUCGGGGCUGAGGGGCCUGUCGUGCUUCGAAGCAAGGACGGCCGAGAACGAGAGAGAGAAAAACGCUUCAGCUUCUUCAAGAAGAGCAAGUAG